GGCCUCGGCGGCGGAGCGCGGAGUCCGGAAGCGCCAGACCGCUCCCGCGGCGGCUUGUCUCGCGGCCCGCCGAGCUUAGAGUGCUCCCUGGUGCUGCCCUGAGGAUGGGAGGUGCCGUGAGUGCCGGGGAGGACAACGACGAGCUCAUCGACAACCUGAAGGAGGCCCAGUACAUCCGCACUGAGCUGGUGGAGCAGGCUUUCCGUGCUAUCGAUCGCGCAGACUAUUAUCUUGAGGAGUUUAAGGAAAACGCUUACAAGGAUCUGGCGUGGAAGCAUGGGAACAUCCACCUUUCUGCCCCGUGCAUCUACUCGGAGGUGAUGGAAGCCCUGGACCUGCAGCCUGGACUCUCGUUCCUGAACCUGGGCAGUGGCACUGGCUACCUCAGCUCCAUGGUUGGGCUCAUUCUAGGUCCUUUUGGUGUCAACCAUGGGGUGGAGCUUCACUCCGAUGUGAUCGAGUACGCGAGGCAGAAGCUGGACUUCUUUAUCAAGACCAGUGACAGCUUUGACAAGUUUGAAUUCUGUGAACCAUCCUUUGUUACUGGCAAUUGCCUGGAGAUUUCUCCGGAUUGUACUCAGUAUGAUCGUGUGUACUGUGGAGCUGGCGUUCAGAAAGAGCAUGAAGACUACAUGAAGAAUCUGCUCAAGGUCGGAGGCAUCCUUGUCAUGCCGCUGGAAGAGAAGUUGACAAAGAUAACGCGUACUGGUCCUUCUGCUUGGGAAACCAAAAAGAUUCUGGCUGUUUCUUUUGCUCCUCUGAUCCAGCCCUGUCCCUCAGAGUCAGGAAGAUCACGCCCUGUCCAGCUGCCGCUGCUGGUGGUCCGCAGCCUCCAGGACCUGGCCCGCAUUGCUAUCCGGAGCACGAUUAAGAAGAUAAUCCCUCAGGAAACAGCGAGCAAAAACGAAAAUGGAUUGAAGAACACUCCCAGGCUGAAACAAAGAAGAAUUCGCCGCCGUCGGAUGCAAACUGUAGUCUUUUUGGACAAAGAGGUCUUUGCCAGCCGAGUCUCCAACCCCUCCGAUGACAACGCCUGUGAAGACUGUGACGAGGAGCAGCAGGAAGACGAAGGCAAGGCCCCAUCUGAAGUGAAGCCACAUGCCCCGGUGAACUUCCUACGCGAGAAAGUCCUCAGCCUCCCUCUGCCUGACCCCCUGAAGUACUACCUGCUGUACUACAGGGAGAAGUGAGCCUCCCGUGUGAGGAGGCAGAGGGAGCUGCUGCCUUCACACCGGGGUUCCUCUUCCUAGUUUGUUCUUGAUUGUCCUCUAGGAUGUCUUUAAAAAUAAUCUGACAAGCGUAAACUGCGUAGAAGUAUGUUUUCUAAAGGGGAGAGCGUCUCCAGGAGGAGGGUCCGUUUCUCGCUAGUUGAAGCACCGCGCAGUGCAGGCAUCGUGUGGUGCCUGCUCCACUCACGGGUACAUGCGUUGAUGCACUCAGAGGAGAAUGGAGAUUGGAAGUGUUUUGCUUAGAAAACGUGAAACAAAGCACAAGUUCGUAAGUGUAUAGAAUCCUUUCUGGACACCUGUGUCUAAGUUUUAAUUUCAUGGUAUCAGCAUCUUAACUACUGGCACUGAGUUUCACUAAACUUUAUUUUUCUAGAUGGAGGAAACAUCAUUGGAAACCCUUCUUUGUUUUUUGAUUAAAUCUUACAUGAUUUGUCAUUUGUAAUUUUUAAAAUGAAAAAUGGAAUUGAUUGGGGAAGAGGAAUAAAAUUCUCAAACUGCCAGUGUCUUUCUGUAAUUCCAAAAGAAUUCAAAGACAUUUUUUUCCUGGCACCUUUUGUUAUUUUAAAAGAGCCACUGUCAAGUAAUCCCUGAAAGAAUAUACUGAAAAAUGAAACAAGUUGUGUCUGUAUAUUCAAUAAGGGAAAUUACUUUUCCUCUAAUGAAAGGUGUGACCCCUUAUCCAACUCCUGAGAUCAUCAUGGGUUCCUCAGGCGUUCUCAGAGUGCGGGGACUGAUGUGUGGAUGGCCUGUGUUUUCUUGACUUCAGUUUGCUAUUUUUCUGUGACUACACUGUAGUACUGAUUCAUAGAUUUUAUAAUUCUGGAGAGAAAAAAAUUUGUUACUUUUGUAAUUUUCUGAAGAACACAUGUCUUUUAGGUGCUCCAUUGCAUAAGAGCAGUUUAACUUGUAGUGACUUGGGAACUAGGUUUCUUCAGGCCCUGGGUGGGUGUCAGGACGCCCUCGGGUAGCGAGUGUUCUGUCUGUAUCCAAUUGUGGGUGUAGAAGAAAUGACAGUCCUUAGAUCGGUCAGGUGUGUUGAAGUUAUAUUGCUUACUCCAAAACAUUGGUUAUUUUCAAAGCCUUUUUUUUUUUUUUUUUU